AACAACAUCAACACGGAAGAAGCCAGAAGUCAGCUGACACAAGUCGCCUCACAGCUGCAUCGUGUUGCUCUUUGUCUGCCAGUCGUAACUUGCCAGCGCUAUGGAGGACCAGGAGCUGCAACUGAAAGUGAGACGAGUGACCGACAAAUUCACGGAGAGCAUGUACGUGCUGGCGAACGAGCCGUCGGUGGCUCUCUACCGGCUGCAGGAACACGUCAGGAGGUCGCUGCCUGAACUGGUGCAACACAAGACUGACAUGCAGAGCUGGGAGGAGCAGAGUCAAGGGGCCAUCUACUCUGUGGAGUAUGCAUGCAGUGCCGUGAAGAGCAUGACGAACAGCAGCUUGUACUUCAAAAACAUUGACAUCCUCCUACGUCAAGCCAUCAGCAUGAAGGAGCAGAUUAGCAACUCUCAAGGACGCAGCUUACAUGACGUGACCCCCCCUCCCAGUCCCCUUGUCUCUGCUCCACAUUCCACUUCCUCAUGACCUCUGGACUGAGGUGUCCAAGGAAGAGGACGAUGGACUCCGGCAUGCUGAAGGACGGGGGGGGAAAGCACGGCUCUGGGAUGUGACGCAACUUCCCCGGCGGCGGCGGCGGCGUUGCUCCGGCGGGUCCCUUUUCUCUCUGCUACCUCCUUGAUUGAGGCCGAAGUGGGCGUCAUCACAAUGGAGUGACUGCCUCCGGUGACCCCCCCCCCCACACACACACACACCCACCCACUCCCCCCUCCCCAGUACAAGCCUCUCAGUGGAACAGAGCCGCCCCGCGCUACCAGGUUCAGCAUUAAAAACACUCGAGUCAUGGACGCUGCUCAAAGAAUGCAUUGUUCUGUGUGGGACUCGGAGAGAAAGCAGCCGUGCUGUUUUUUGUUUGUUUUUGUGCCUCUGCUGUUGCACGGCCAACGUUGUGGGACGCUAAGUUUUCAAGUCUUUGUGAAUGUUGUUUACCAAAAGGCUUAAAAAGUCACCUGCAUGCACAUUAUUAGAGGAAAGCGUACAAAUGUAGGCUAGAAAGCCGUGGCGGGGGGGGGGCCUGUGUUUCAGGAUUAAAUGGCGACAUAAUCUUAACAAAAUAAGAUGUUUUUCACCAUUUUCUUACCUGCCAAGUAGACAGAAACCCCCAUGCAGAACAGUCCGAUGGCCACGUGCCGCACGGCUCUGCUGUCGAGGAGGAACCAGUCUGCUCUGGAAACGAAUGUCGCACGUUUACAUUUUGACUUUAUCAUCAGUGCAUAAAUGAAGAAAGUUUCAUGCAACAA